AUCUAACCUCACUUCCAAACAAGGAAGAGGGAACCCCCUCUUCAAGUUUUAUCAGGUAAUUGGGAAAGUUUGGAGUCUCGUAAUAAAUAUUUGAAAAAUGCUACGUUUCAGAUAGUAGUAAAUGUAUCCAACGAAGAAUAAGUUGUUUGAUUGUAUAUAAAUAUGAGUAAGAGUAAUUGCAAAUCGUUUAUUUUCUUGACAGCUGUAAUAACAAUAACAGCUCAAAAGUUCGAUAAUUUGAAGAUUCAACAUUCGGCGAAAGAGCUUACCAAUGGUGAAAUCCAAUAUCUUGCUGACUUGCAAGAUGAGGUCCAGUUCAAUAAGUAUUUGGAGAAAAUACUUAUUCCAAGAGUUGUAGGCACAAAAGGACACAAAGAUGUUGGAAAUUAUAUCGUAAAAACUUUGGAAAACCUUGAGUACAAUGUAGAAAUUGACGAAUUUAUUGAUAAAACCCCCUUUGGGAAUUUAACAUUCAAGAAUAUCAUCGCUACUCUUGAUCCAAAUGCUGAGAGGUAUUUUGUUGUAGCAGCUCAUUAUGAUAGCAAAUACUUCGAAGGAAAAGACUUUUUAGGUGCAACAGAUUCUGCAGUACCAUGUGCUAUGAAGCUACAAAUGGCUAGAAUAUUCAAAAGCUUGGAUUUUUCAAAGAAAAAUGAUGUUUCUCUUAAAUUUGUAUUCUUUGAUGGCGAAGAAGCAUUCGUACAAUGGGGCCCUGAAGAUUCAAUUUAUGGUGCUAGGCAUUUAGUUGAAAAAUUGGAAAAAUCUCGAUCUCUGUCUAGGUUGACUGGAGAAAGAGUGACAGAUUUGCAGAGAAUUGACUGUCUAAUGUUGCUUGAUCUAUUGGGCCAUGCGAACCCAACUAUUUUCAAUUAUUUUCCAGAUACUAGAUUAUGGUUCAAUAUCCUGAGUAGUUCCGAAAAGAAACUGUAUCGGUUAGGUAUGUUGAAGAGAAAGAGUACAAAUGCAUUCUUUAUAAAAAAUGCUCGAAGUGUAUUUAUAGAAGAUGAUCACAUUCCAUUUUUGCGAAAAGGUGUACCCAUUCUACAUUUGAUUCCCAUACCGUUUCCCAAUGUAUGGCAUACAAUUGAUGAUAAUGCAGAUGUUUUAGAUGCAGAUUCGAUUCACGAUUUGAAUUUGACAAUUCAACAUUUCCUCGCACAGUACCUACACAUUUUAAUAUCGUCUGAGAAAUUGCUGGUUAAAGAUUCAAGUAAAUAUUCGUUGAGAAGUGGCGCCAUCUGCAACCAAUACCCGUUUCUGAAAACUGCCUUGGGACUCUUUAUAAUUUAUAGAGUCAUUUCUUUAGUUCCUGAUAUACACACGGAACUCUAACAAGGGGAUUUCAAUAACUAAUUUAUAGGUGGUGACUAUAUUUUUAUAAGAAUUAUUUAAUUUUAUAAUUAUUAUUGUUGUUUUUCACUGUAUUUUGAAGAAUUGUGAUUUGUAUAUAUUGAAAAGAUAUGAAAAAAAUCAAACAAUAAAUUUUACUAGUA